AUGAAUAGUGUCCCAAAGUGCAUACCAUAGCACACGCACACACAAGAUGGGCCGAAUGGUCUCCUCUCGUUUGUAAACAAAAAACCCAAACAAUCUGAGCAAGAGUGAACGAAAAAAAACAAAAAAAAAAAACACGUGACACUAGUCAAAAGCUGCAGGGUGAAGGUAGUUCGGUCUCCAAAAAUGAAAUAACAGAAACGGAUCUGCAGAGAGAAAUACAUCUAUUGAAAUUGCAAAUUAGUAGUACAGUGUAUAAUUUGUGCUAAAAAAAAACAAAACUCAAAUAAGCUCCAUAAUUCUGCAAAGUAUACCGCUAGCUAAUCAUUUUUAUCACGGAAACCUCUUAUUAUGGCAGAACAGCUUUCUCAAAGCGAGUUGGAUUAUCCGUUUAAACUGCUGGAAUACUUCAAUGGGUUCAGAGUAUCUAAGGUGAUCUUCUCGGCCUGUGAGCUGGGGGUGUUUGACUUGCUGCUCCAGUCCCAGAAAUCUCUGAGCGCAGAGUCUGUAUCCCAGGAGCUGCAGGCCAGCCAGGAUGGGAUGGAGAGACUGUUGGAUGCUCUGGUGGGAAUAGAUAUUCUAGACGUAGAAAUAACCCAGGGAAAAGCAUUCUACAGCAGCACAGAUGUAGCAAACCUGUAUUUGGCUAAAGCCAGCCCCAAGUCUUUGUAUAACAUGAUUGCCUACCAGUCUCAAACUAUCUACCCUCUGUGGAACCACCUGGCGGAUGCUGUCAGGGAAGGAAAAAAUCAGAAUGAAAAAACAUUGAACAUGUCCUCAGACCAGAUCUUUGAAACGCUGUACAGGUCUGAGGAAGAAAUGCUGAAGUUCAUGCAGCUGAUGCAUGCAACGUGGGUCAUCGAUACACAUGAUGUUGUGACUGCAUUUGACCUUUCACCUUUCAAAACGAUGGUUGACGUUGGAGGCUGCACGGGAGGGUUGGCACGGGAACUGGCAAAGGCCUAUCCAGGCUCCACGGUCACUGUAUUCGACCUGCCCAAAGUGGUGGAAGUGGCCAAGAAGCAUUUCUCCGUUCCAGAUGACAGUAUUGCUUUUCAAGAAGGUGAUUUCUUCACUGGGGAGCUCCCAGAAGGUGACCUGUAUAUUGUAGCCCGGAUUAUUCAUGACUGGAAGGAGGAGAAGUGCUUGCAGCUGCUCCGCAAGCUUUGUGAACAGUGCAAGCCAGAUGGUGGGAUCCUGAUCGUGGAGGCGAUGCUCAAUGAAAACCGACGAGGCCCGGUCAUGACCCAGCUCUUCUCCCUCAACAUGCUGGUCCAGACCGAGGGAAAGGAGCGCACCCCGUCCGAGUACUUCCGUCUGCUCAGCUCAGCAGGGUUCAAAGACCUGCAAGUGCGUCGGACGGGGAAAAGUUAUGAUUGCAUUCUCGGGAUAAAAUAAGCACCACAAAAAAUGAAUAGAGAACUGUUCAAUAUCUGAUUCUGUUCAUUUCACUAUGCACAUGUGCUUUUUCUUUUUUUCUUUACUGUAUAUGCAUGCUUAGCUGUUUCAGUGGACCUUGUUAGCAGAAAUUCAUUUUAAUAUCAAACCUGGUAUCUUACAUAGCUGGUAGCAUGUUAGCAACGGUUUAGCAUGAUGUUUACAAGGUCCAGUUCCUUUCUGAUGUGUUUAGCAGGCACAUGUGUUUAUUUUCCAUGUAUUUGUUUGAGCUCUAUUGUUAGUGUGUCCAUUGAAGGGGGGCAUGGGCUCUGCUUUCAAGGCGUAGCCAUGGGAACAAACUUAGAGUUCCAUGGUAGCAAUAAUUUAGGCCUUCCCCUUUUACACAGAAAUAAAAUAUGCUAAAGUAAAGAAACUUGAGCUGCAAAAUAUACAAGGAUGAUACAUAACACUGACGAAUGUCAACUCGCCCUACUCACUCACUUAUUCCUACCUGUUGUCAUUUAUUGUUAUUUGAUAGAAAGCCGGAGCGGAGAUAGGUUUGUCCAAUGCAAUCUAAAACUACUGUACAGUGCCUUGCGAAAGUAUUCGGCCCCCUUGAACUUUGCGACCUUUUG